AUGGUUGGGGGUUCGAUGCUGCUCCUGCUGUGUGGUGUGCGACAGCUCGCCCAAUCACGUAUGGUUGCUUCCACUGCCUUCUACUUCUUUCAUCCACUUCCGUAUUUUGGAUAUGGCUGGUUUCUUCUCCCACCGUCUCUCUCAACAAAUGUUAACGCACACGGACAUCCUCUUUCUCUUCCUGUUAGUUCAUCUUUUCACUUAAUGAUUGGAGCGGUAGAAGAAUCCAAAGGAUUUAUCACAUUCUCCUUAACUAGCGGACUUAAAUAUCAUGUCUCCCAGCUCCAGUUGUGCAAAUGUUCCUUCCUGUUGAUGCUCAUGUUCAAAAACAAUAAAAUUAAUAGAGGUAUAUAUUCAUACGGUUUGAGGAUUUUAGAUUGGACUACUUUUAAGAUUUCUUACCCUUUCAUACAUAGGAAUGCUAAAAUUCUAAUUCAGGUUUUUGACAGAAGUGAUUUGAUUCUGAUGGGUUGCAGCCCAGUUAAGCCUCUACCUUUUCAUCUUUCCAGCAGAAAUACUUUUUUGCUAAACCAUAUAUUACCUCUUUGCCCUCCGGACCCAUUUAUGCGUGUGGAACCGAAACAUGAAGAGUUUAACCGGGUUCAUCAAAAUGCGCUUCAUUGGACUGAUGUUUACUGGCUUAGGAUGAAAUCAAAUUUGGUGUUCUACUUAUGA